AGGGCUGAUAACGCCGCCGCGCCGCAGCCUUGAUGGCAGCCGUGCAGAGCGAGACCUGCACGUAACUUGCAGCUGCCUCCGGAGCCGGGUUCGGAGAUGUCCACGCCCCGGGUGACAGCCGGCGGGGCGCUGCCCAGUGCUCCGGCUGUGAAGCCGACCGGCAGCAACGUGCAGUGAAAGUCUCGCCGCCGAGCAACAACCUUAAUGUAACGGCACAGCCAACAAGAUGAACGGAGCUUUGGAUCACUCAGACCAGCCAGACCCAGAUGCCAUUAAGAUGUUUGUCGGACAGAUCCCCCGGUCCUGGUCCGAAAAGGAGCUGAAAGAACUUUUUGAGCCUUACGGAGCCGUCUACCAGAUCAACGUCCUCCGGGACCGGAGUCAGAACCCUCCCCAGAGUAAAGGUUGUUGUUUCGUAACAUUUUAUACAAGAAAAGCUGCACUUGAGGCCCAGAAUGCACUGCACAAUAUUAAAACUUUACCUGGGAUGCAUCAUCCCAUUCAGAUGAAACCUGCAGAUAGUGAAAAGUCCAACGCCGUGGAAGACAGAAAAUUGUUCAUAGGAAUGGUUUCGAAGAAGUGUAAUGAGAAUGAUAUCAGGGUGAUGUUUUCUCCAUUUGGCCAGAUAGAAGAAUGCCGGAUUCUCCGGGGACCUGAUGGGCUGAGUCGAGGCUGUGCGUUUGUCACAUUUUCUACAAGGGCAAUGGCACAGAAUGCAAUCAAAGCCAUGCAUCAGUCUCAGACCAUGGAGGGCUGCUCUUCACCUAUCGUGGUGAAGUUUGCUGAUACUCAGAAGGACAAGGAGCAAAGGCGCCUCCAACAGCAGCUUGCACAACAAAUGCAACAGCUCAACACUGCCACCUGGGGGAACCUGACAGGUCUGGGCGGACUCACUCCACAGUACCUGGCGCUUCUGCAGCAGGCCACCUCCUCCAGCAACCUGGGUGCGUUCAGUGGCAUUCAGCAAAUGGCUGGCAUGAAUGCUUUACAGUUACAGAAUCUGGCGACGCUGGCUGCUGCUGCAGCCGCAGCCCAGACCUCAGCCACCAGCACCAAUGCAAACCCUCUCUCUACCACGAGCAGCGCCUUGGGAGCCCUCACGAGUCCCGUGGCUGCUUCAACCCCUAACUCCACUGCUGGUGCAGCCAUGAAUUCUCUGACCUCUCUUGGGACUCUGCAAGGAUUGGCUGGAGCCACUGUUGGAUUGAAUAAUAUUAACGCACUAGCAGUUGCUCAAAUGCUCUCAGGUAUGGCGGCUCUCAAUGGAGGACUUGGCGCCACAGGCUUGACGAAUGGCACGGCUGGCACCAUGGACGCCCUCACCCAGGCCUACUCAGGAAUUCAGCAGUAUGCGGCAGCCGCACUGCCCACUCUGUACAGCCAGAGCUUGCUGCAACAGCAGAGCGCUGCGGGUAGCCAGAAGGAAGGUCCAGAAGGGGCAAACCUCUUUAUUUACCAUCUUCCACAGGAGUUUGGAGACCAGGACAUUCUGCAGAUGUUCAUGCCUUUUGGAAAUGUUAUCUCUGCUAAAGUCUUCAUUGACAAACAGACCAAUCUGAGCAAGUGCUUUGGUUUUGUUAGCUACGACAAUCCAGUCUCUGCACAAGCUGCUAUACAGGCUAUGAAUGGCUUUCAGAUCGGCAUGAAACGCUUGAAGGUGCAGCUGAAGCGCUCCAAAAACGACAGCAAACCUUACUGAUCCUAACCCCAGAGGCUCCCUGCUCUUAUUUUAGCUUUCUUAGGACAUCUUCAUGCCCGUUAGUUCAUCGUUUGCCUAGCAUGUCCCUGUGGCGUCUCAAAAAAAAAAAAAAAAAGUUUCAUCGUCCCGUCAUUGUUUCUGAUGUCUUUCUGACCUCACAUCAUAUUUGGUUCUCCUACUGACCUUUGAUCUAGUUUGACCUUUGAAAUUUGCAUGUGACCUCAUCUAGCUAUGAAUUCUGGGAAGUCAAUGUGAAAAACAUUGCUGCAUUCAUGCAAGACUGAAAUUUAUUAUUAGACAAAUUAAUUAUAGAAAAAAACCUGUGGCAAAAAUGUUUCUUUCGUAUUUUUUUUUUCUUUUCAUAAAACAGACUUGAAAGUAUUAUACAGGGAUUGGCAUUCUUCCCGGUCACUGGUAACAAUAGCAAUAUGUGUCCAGGGACACAGAAUGUUGGUUUCUAACAGACUACUUCCAAAAACAGUUUGAGAAAAAAAACUGUCUGAUUUUAAGUCUCUAGAGGUCUGUAAUAGUUUUUACAUUUUUCAGGCAGUGUAAAGUUUUUUGAUAAGGCCAUUUUAGGUGGCUCACUUUCUCAUUAAGAUAUAUAUAUAGAACCACUUUUUGUAGAUUAGUAUAAGAAAAAUAUUUACCCUGUUUUGGGGCAAAUGCUACCUAUUUGUGUCACCUUUUGCUGAACUGACUCACAGUUAGACAAUCCAUGGUUUAAUGCACAUGAAAUUACCUAUAUUUUAUACUGUUUCAAUGUACAGGAGAAAGGUUACUGUAAACUGUGUUAUGUUGGUGCUUCUGUGAAUUCAGUUGUGGUUUCAUCAUGAGUCUUAUGGUCUUAAUGUUAUCUGUUGAUAAGACAAGUUUAGAAUUGGUUUACUUAAAAAAAAGAAUUUCAAAAAAAAGUUGUUUGCUUAAAAAAAAUUUCAUGUGAGGGGGAAAAAAAAACCUAUUCCAGAAUAAGUUUUGUGUUGGCUUGUGAAGCAUUGAUGUCAUUUUUUUUUUUUAUUGUGGACUAUUUAGAUGUGUUUGUGUUCAGCAAAAUGUGAUUUUUUUUUUCUUUUAAAGAAAAAAAGUGAAAAUAUAUAGUGCCAAAUUCCAAAGGUACUUCCUUCCUAGAGCUUCAGUGUGUUUCUUGUGAGAAGUAAUUUGAUAACAUGGGUAUUUUAUUAUGUGUUUUGUAUAAAUCCCUAAUAUUUAAAAAAAAAAAAGGUUAAAAAGUUUGUUAACUUGCUAUCCUGUGGUCUUGUUGCCUGAAAUUGUUAUUGUUUGUUAUUUCUCUAUGAUGUUUUUUGUAAGACAUUGUAUAAGUGCCCAUGUCUCACUUUUUUAACCACUCUGCACAUCAAUGCUGUGAAGGCAACCUCACAAUGUAUUUUCUUCAUAAUAUAUGGAAACCUCUAAGGUGAGAAAGUUUUGAACUUUAACCCUUUCUACCCAGAGCUAUCUGGAAUGUUGUUGAUACUUUUUUAUACUAUCAUCAUUUGAGUUUGUUUUGGGGUGUUUCCAAUUUGGAUUUCUCCCCCCUGCAUAGAUCAUGAGGGUUUUUUUUUUUUUUCUUGUUGUUGUUGUUGUUGUUUUUCUCCUCAUUUGGUUGACAUACAAGUGGAAAAAACACAAGGCAACUCUGAAGGGAAAAAAAAAGCUUUUUUGCUCCUAUACCAUUUUCUUUUUCUUUUUUUUUUUUUUUUUAACUUCUGGUUAUUUUUUAAGAAUUCCUAGUUUGCUGCUGGAAUUCUUCAGUUUCAGUUAAAAAUAGUUUAUUAGAUUAAACCCUAUGAGGGGAAAAGGUAGAGUCAUCACUCAAGUACAUCUUAAAAAUGCUGUAUGCUUUUCAGGUCGGGUUACUGGUAUGUUGUAGUGCAGAAUAUGUUCCAAUGUGUUGCAGUUAAAUGACGGUGCUGGGAGAGUCUUUCGAAGGAUUUUGCUUCUGCAAAGUAAAUACUCCUAAUCAGCCCUUGUGCUGGGAAUUCUCUGGCCCAGUGAGUGGAUACUGCUGAAUACCCAAGGUGUCUGGAAUUAGGAGCCCAGUAGCCUUUUCCUUGCCAUUUUUCAACGACUGAAUGCAUUUAAACGGGUCUGACAUAGCAGCGGGGCCCAGUUCUGCAUCAGUCGCUGACCACACAGCGAGCACCAGUUCCUGCUGCCACUCUUGAAAGUGCCAUACCACUGACUGACUUUCCGCGAACAAGAGACCUUGCUGUCUUGACAAACCCUGAUGUCACACCCACAGCCCCAACACAGACUACAGCCAUUCUGGAAGCUUCCUGUUCCUAGCUCCCUUUCCUUCCCCCAUUUCCCAGUCAGCACCUUGUUUGGUUUCAUGUGUGUGUGGAUGCGAUAGCCCUGGGAUGGAAAGGACUAGCCUCUAAUGAUGCAAAAAAAAAAAAAGUUUCCUUCUCAUAGCACAUGCACUUACACUGAAGCGACUUGUAUUAUCCUCACACGCGUUUACUACUGCUGGGGCCUUCCUUCAUCCUCUGAGGGCUAUUUUGUACUUCGCGCAGCACUCAGCUUAACAACAGUCACCCCACCCGUGUCUCUCAUGUGGAUUAUAUGGUGGUGUGGAGAUACACAGUUUGAAAUCCACAGGCCAUUUCAUUCAGAAUACCUUCAUUUAUCAGCCGCAUCAAUGUCAACAAAGCUUUCUGAUUGCGUCACCGGCGCCAACUGCCCUCCUGCUGCCCUCUUCGCCCACCGGCAUCUCCCCCAGAGGAGGGAGGAGCAAGGAAAGCCUGCCGCCAGGAGGCGCAGGUGGGCACCUUGACUAUUUCCUGUCCUGCAGAGGAUCGAGACAGUACACAUAGGGGGAAACAUCUUUUUUUUUUUUUUGUAUACUACAUUGGUAAACACAUAGCCUUCUUCAGAGACAAACUGUCCUAGCUUGUUAGUCACUUUAUCUUCUAAUAUCAAAAGGAGAAAGCUGCAAGGGUGCAAAGGGCCUGUGCCAGAAGAACACACACAGGGAAACUUUUUUUUUUAACAAAGUGUAUAGAAUAGUCAUUUUUAAACUAAAAUAGAAAAUUGUGAUAAAAUGGCAGUCAUCAAAGGCGUGACAAGUUCAUCUUUCUUUCACCAUAGGGGUUAUAGUUCUUUGGCUUGUGCUACUCUGGAAUCAUUUUACUGUUUGUUUUUAUUCUCUUCAGUGCUAAUUAAAAAGAAGAAAUAAAAUUUUAAAAAAAACCCGUAGUUUCAUUACCUUUUUGAAUAAUGUCAUACAAAAAAUGUAUUUGUGUUUUUUUGUGCUGUGAGAAUUGCUGUUUGUAGAUUAAUAUCAUUUUGUUUAGAAUUACAAAAUAGUUUUUAAAUAUUGUCUGAGAAAAGCCAAAGUUAAUGCAACCUAGUGGAAACUGUAAGACCAUUUGAGUAUUGUUUGUUUUAAUGAUGCAUUUGGAUUUUGUUGUUUGAUGGAAUUUGAGCCAAAAAAAAAAAAAAAACCACGCAGGCUUUCCUAUUUCUACAACUGAUUGUACUUAUGCAUUUUGUACCAGUGGAACUUUUUAUACUGGAGAUUAAAAAAAAAUGGAAAUUUUUGUGGCUUCCUCUAGUGGGCCCCUGACAAUGACUGACUUCAAGUUUGAUUUCUGGUUGACAGGAAGAAAGUUGCUUUUCUUUCAAGAAUUAAAAACUUUGGCUUGAUUUCUUUUUUCCCUUUGCUUAUAUCUAGCAUUAGAAUUUUGUCUUAAAAUACAGCGGUAAGUUUCACUUUUUAUUCUGUAUUGUGCAGUUACACAAUAAGGUAAUUAGACUUAGAAGUACUCAGUCACUUUAAGUGGAUAAAUGUAUUAGUUAAACUUUAGGGGUUUGCUUUUUUGCUGUUUAGAUCAAAGUUUUUUCUGAUUCUUCUGUCCUCAUUGUGAACAUAACCGUGUAGUUGAAACAGUCAAACUUAUUUUUGUAAUGUAUGUUAUUGUGUGAUGCAGUUUUUUGCUUCUGUCUCCAAUAUUAAACCAUUUUCCUAAUA